CGCUUUUUUGGUUUCUUUCGUGGAGCCACCGAAUUGGUCGCAGCCUCUAAUGCAAUCGCGGAUGAUACCCCCGAAGGAAGCACCGAGCCUGAUCCGGGUGAUGAGCAUUCUGUGUCAGUGCGAGAGAACAUGACUCCGUCGUUCCAGCUGAUGUCAGAUGAACUGUCGGACGAUCUGGAUUAUUCCGGAACAGCCGACACCCAAAAGUAUAAUCAGCCCCUCAACCAGAUAGUCGACGAUACGCCGUUCGCCACCACCUCGUUGCUGCAAUUAGAACACCGAAUCGAUUUUCAGUUGCGUGCUUCUCGUUAUGAGAAUAUGUACAUCUCCUUUCUGACUUCGCACACAAGCUAUUGGACUAAUGCAGAUGUGGGAAUGCUAAUUAUGACGCAAUUGUUUGGUGUCACUCACCCACCAAAAUAG